AUGUUCGCUUCAUCUGUGUUUGUAAAGCGUGUGUGCUCACGCAGAAGCCUGCCACCUGCAAAAAGCCCGAGGUUUUUAGGACCCUCAAGUGGCAUAGCCCUGAGUUGGACAGGCGGAGCAGUGAGUGACAGACCCGAGGCAGCCAGCGCUGCCCAUGUCCUCCAGCGUCUCCUCCAUCCGCCCCCCGGGGCUGAGGGACGGGGAGCAGGGCCGGGGCAAAGGGUCGUUUCGUCAGUCAACACUAAAUGCAAGAAAAAAUACAUUGAAAGUGAACUAGAAGCUGCAAGAAGAUGGUCUCACAAAUGGGGAUUCUUGAAAACACCUCCUGAGGAGUUGAUUGAAGAUGAAAAGAAAGAAAAUACAAAGCCCAAGAUACAGCUUCCAGAACAUCUUCAGGUUCGACCUGUGACACCUGUGGAAAAAUACAUUAAGGUGAUUCCAUCUCCUCCAGUACCUAAGACUACCCAGGGAUUUAUUGGCUGGAGAUCUGCUGUUCCAGGGUUGAAACUUGAACGUGGCUUCCAAAUCCAAAGCCGCAAAGGACUGGUGAAAGACUCGGAAACAGUAGGGGACUGCACUGGGAGUUACUGGUAUAGGUACCUCAGUGCUAUGGAGUUCAGUCUUGCAUUUCAUUACCUACCUGAAGAUUUGCCAGGACUUUUGGAAAUUCAGAAGGAGACUCAUUUAGUUGUAGCAACUAUUUGCAGGAUAUAG